AUGCGCCCGAGUUAUGGGAUUCCCAAUGAAGCGAUUGCUGAUACUUUGAAGCCAUACGGCAAAGUCAUUCAGAUUAAAAUGGACUCCUUUCAUGGAGUUUAUGUUGGGUUCCGUGAGGUAUUAAUGGAACUGUCUAAACCCAUUCCUUCGCGGUUGACUAUUGCGCUCAUUCCUGUAAUUGUGUUUAUGUUGGUCAGGUUCAAACGUGCUUCUCGUGCCACCAGACAUGUCAUAUGACUAAAGAUUGCCCUAAUCACGCGGGUACUAAAGGCAAUAUCAUCAAUGCAGACGGUCCAUUGACGAGAGUAAAUCGACCGUCGACCAGUACAGUACCUGACGAACGCAUUGGUGCCCAUGAUCCCGGUAAUCCGGUUAGGCAUACCACAGAUGAGAGCCACACGCGUUUUCGCAAUUAAAAGAUGGUCCUCAUCCGUCCAUUACAGCUAGUAAUGCCGAUAGCCAUAGUCAGUGCUUGAAUGCUAAUUCUACAAACAAUAAUCUUGGCAAUCAGCAGUUGAACACUUCAGUCACUCACUCUGAUGUUCCUAAUGCAGCUGUUAGAUGUGAUAACAAUGUUCGUAACAUCAAUGCGGAUGGGGUCACAUCUACGUUACCCCCGUCCUCUGCAGCAGUUUCUUUUCCCGUGGUUCAGCCAUCAUCUCGUAAAGAUUCUGACAACUCGGAUGAUGAUGAUGAGUUUGUUGAUGUCCUCGAGAAACUGCCAUUCCCUGAAGGUGAAGGUGAAGGGGCCCAACAGCCAGUUUGUAUAGUUCUUGGGAAACGCUCUAGGGAACCUGAUGACUCGGAUAUUUCUGAUAUCUCGGAAAAGCGGGUCGAUCGAAAUCCGUCUUCGGAUGGGAGUGUAGUUGAGGAUGAUUUUGUCCCUACUUUUCUGCCUCUCCCUCUUAGUCUUUUGGCUCGUUUUUCCUCCCCCAAUCCUUUUUCGUCUCUUUGUGACGAAGUUGAUCCCAUAUCCGUGGAUCAUGAUGCAAAUGGUGUUGCAAUUCCAUUUGAAAGAAGUAGAUCUGUGCAGAGGAAGGUUCGUAACCGCAAAUCGCAAAGGCCUUCUAAAGUGGAUGAUUCUUCACCUCUUCCCUCCGCUCCUCCUGCGGAUGACUCUGUGUCUACUGCUUCCGAGAUCCUUGGUACGCCCUCCAUCGACGCUUAUGAAGGCGGAGAUGAGGAGGAUGGCGGUAAUGAUAAUAUGGAACCGUCUAUGGCCAACGAUAACCAAUACCCAAACAUACCCGAAAAUGGAUCAGAAUUUAUCACGGCUCUGGAAAAUGAUACUCUGACUACUCCCUCAACUCAAAUUCCACCAAACCUUCCCAGGAAGGAAAAUCUUGAUUCGGAAUCUCCAUCUCCGAUUGAUCCCGUAACCUUUGCGGUUCCGGUAACGAAAAGGAUUGGCGAUCCUUCUUUUUAAUGUCAGAAUUGUUUUCACCUUGUGUCCUCGUUUUGACCUUUACAACAAUCCGUAUGAGCAAGAUAACAUUUAUCACACUAAAUUGUCGGGAUCUGCGCACAGCUUAUAACAGAGCAACGUUGUUUUUUGGUGGGCAAAUUGCGCUAACACUGAUUUUGUGUGCCUACAGGAGACUCACUCAAUUUCAGAGGAAGAGUUUUCAUCUUGGUUGGAUCAUGCCACCUCGUCCGGCUGUAAUAAGUUUGGUUACAAAUGCAUUUCUUCUCCGGGAAACAUUCUUAGUUGUGGGGUUGCCAUUUUAUACAAUCCUAGUUAUGAUGUUGUCAGUUGCUCUCGUGACCAAGAUGGCUGGCUUUUGUGCGCAGAGUUUUCCAAGGAUGGUAACUUGAUCCAGUUAGCGAACAUAUAUGCUCCAAAUACCGCAAAGCUUGCGUCUACUUUCUUUGAAUCAUUAUAUCAAGUGCUUGAUCCCGACAUGCACCCCGACGGUGGUGGGUGGCGAUUUCAAUACUGUGGUGGAUCCGAUCAAAGACCGUUUUGGUUGUAACUCUCAAUCACCCUCGGCGUAUGAUUUGCACGAUGCAUGGCGUACAAUUCCUCCAAAUUCUCAGGAGUACUCUUGGCAUCGCCCCAACGGCCGUCAAGCCUCGCGAAUACACAUGUUUUGGCUUUCUGCCUUGCUCUUGUCCUGUGUCAUGCGUGUCGAUAUCCUUCUCUUUUUCCGCUCCGACCAUUCCACCGUAUAUUUGGAGCUUUGUCUUCCAUCCGCCACCCAUCGUGGACAUGGUGUUUGGGAGUUGAAUACUCGGCACCUUUCAGACGAGUCCUUCGUUAAACUAGUGUCGGACGUUUGGUCAUCUUGGAGAGUGUAUAAAUCUUCUUUCUUGUCGCUUACUGCGUGGUGGGAUGCAGGCAAUGAGUGACUAAAAGAAUAUAUCCGUAAAUUUUCUAAGAAGAAAGCUGUCAGCUGUCGAAAGCUCAUUACAUCGUUAGAGCAUACCUUAUUUCAUUUGAACAGACGUCUGCUUAAUGGUGACGAGGUCCUUCCAAUCAUUGAAGAUGUUAAAAGUGAACUGGGGGCUACUCAUCGAGAUGAUGCGAGAGGAAACCGUAUUCGCGCAAACGUUCAAUGGGCAGAAGAGGGAGAAGCCUCUACCAAAUAUUUUUUUCGGUUUAGAAUGUAAACGUGGUCAGCGCAGGAUCUUUACUUCAGUUAAAAACAUGGGCGGCACGGUGGUUUCUACAUUCGUUGGUAUCGCUCGGGCGUGGGUGGCCUUGUAUGGUUUACUAUUUACGUCGCAGAGCCUCGAUUGAAUUGAACAAGACUUCUUCUUGAAUUUCUUAUCAUUGAAACUGUCCAGAGCUGAACAAAGUUUGUGUGAAGGGGAACUAACUGAGACGAAAUGAAAGAGAGCACUGGAUGCCAUGGCUACUGGUAAAUCCCCGGGCCUUGAUGAACUUCCAGCUGAGUUCUAUCAACAUUUUUGGUCGCUUCUCGGAACUGAUUUUGUCGAUGUCAUUAAUUUUGCUUAUAAUAAUGGACAAUUGUCUCCAUCGCAGCGAUCUGGUGUUGUUACGCUCAUCCAUAAGCGCGGGGAUCGUCGUGACAUGAAGAAUUGGCGUCCCGUUACAUUAUUAUGCGCUGACUAUAAAAUUGUUGCCAAAGCUAUUGCCAAUCGUUUUCUGGGUGUUAUUGCCAAGGUAUCUCAUUCGGAUCAAACUUGUGGGGUGCCGGGUCGGAAUUCGUUAGAAAGUGUUCGUUUGCUGAAGGAUGUGGUUUUUCAUGCCAAUCAGACUCGUAAAGCAGCUGCAAUUAUUUCGCUGGACCAGGAGAAGGCGUUUGAUCGGGUAGAAUGGGGGGUAUUUUUCCCGUGUAUUGCAGACUAGAAAUUUUGGUCAAUCCUUCCAGAAAUGGGUAUUUUUAUUAUAUUCAAACAUAUUUUCCUGUAUCCUGAUCAAUGGUGAAACAACUGAGUUUUUCUCUGUCUCUCGGGGUGUUCGUCAAGGCUGUCCCUUAUCCCCUUUACUCUACGAAUUGGUGGCGGAAACAAUAACUAGUGCAAUUCGUGCGGACCGUUUCAUCGAUAGUUACAUCUUACCAAAUGGCCGGUCGGUUAAGCUAUGUCAAUACGCUGAUGAUACAUCUGUUAUCGUAAAUACGGACUCGGCAGUGAAUGCUCUGUUCCAUUUGUUCACACGAUACAAGAAGGCGUCUGGGGCUAAAUUAAAUGUUUCAAAAUGUCAUGGGUUGUUGAUUGGUACAUGGCAAUCUCGUUCCAAUCUACCAAUUGUUCUGGAUUGGUCCAAUAUGGAAAUCAUUGUUCUGCGUUCUCGUAUCUCUAAUGAUAAUGAAGAACAAUGGGAGUCAAAGAUCAAGGCCUUGAAGACUACUUUGACAGCUUGGAACCGGAGAGCGCUUUCCUUUCGUGGACGCGCUCUCAUUGCCAAUAUGCUGGGGCUGAGUACUCUCUGGCAUCUAUGUUCGUUUUCUGUAAUACCUGAAACAAUCAUUAAAGCUGUCAAUGGGGAGGUUUUUCCGUUUGUAUGGCGGAAGAAACGAGAUUGGCUGGCUCGCUCCUCGGUCACACAACGACCUAAUCAAUUGCGUUUAGGUGUGGUGGACGUCCAUCGUAAGAUGUUGUUUCUGCAUGUUUUAUGGGUAAAGAGGCUUAUUUUUCGCCCCAACUUGCCGUGGACUAGUUUCUUUUCCCAGUAUCUCAAGCGCGCAUUCCCUGGUCGCUCUAGCUGUUCACCAAAUUUUGAUUUUGGCGGUACCACCGAAAAAUGCUAUAGACGCUCUCCCUCCGUUUUAUCGAUCUGUGUCGACAGCUUGGUUUGCUCUGGAACGAAAGUUUGUGGACAAUGAAUACGUCAUUUGCGGUCUUCGGAAAUCUGUGGUCAAGCUUGAACAGCUGUCGGCAAGUUUCGUCUAUGACACCCUGUCUCACCAACAUCGUAAGCAACAUCGAUGCGUCGAAAAGUAUGCGAAUUGUGGUCUUCCAGUCGAUUGGUCAAAUGUUUGGUUGUCCCUUCUUCUCUGGCGUUUUACAAGACAUGUUCGGGAUACUUCCUGGCUGAUUGCGCAUGUUAUUCUUCCUACCGCCGAUCGUUUGUUGCGCUUUGGAAUGCACGUUGUCCCGUUGUGUCACUGUCGCCAAACGGAGUCCCUCGUCCACCUUUUUACUGACUGUCCAUUUGCUGACUGUCGAUUAAUGCGUCUAAAUGUUUCUCGGAGGCGCGGUGGUCGCAUUCUUUAGUUGCUACUGCCGUUUCCUUUGAGUUGCGUUAGUACUUUUGUCCGUCAAUGUUUUCAAACGUCGGCCUUUUUGGCUGUUGUUUAUGAUGUUUUAAUUGUGUUAUUUUGUUAAUAUGUCAUGUGGCUUGUAAUGAUGUUUUGUUUUGUUUUGUUUUGUUUGUGUUUUAAUAGGAGCAGUGGUCUCCUUUAUUGGUGUACUGCUGUGGCCUCCUUUUUGAAUUAAUGUUGGCCUGUGGUUUGUUCGGACUUUUGAUCGGAUAGGUUGCACAGGUAUCUGGUAGACUCGGCGGGUUGUUCAUGAUGAUUCAAAGUCAGUUGUAUGUAUGUAUGUAUGUAUAAACUUUAUUUUAACACGGAAAUCUCAUCAUUACAAACAAUGCUCUUCCUGAGAGCCGUGCAUAUAUACAAUUAUGUAAAAUUAUAAAUCUACGUAUAAAUAUAGGAAGAAAGGAGAGAAAGGGAAACAAAGGGUAAACUAGAUUUUACGAUAAUUUGAAUGAUUAUAUUACAUAUAUACAAUAAAAGCAUUAGAGACUAAGAGAAUCUCGUAUACUAUUAGAAACCUUCGUUUUGAAAGCAAUGACAUCCUCGGUUGAUUUGAUGUCAUCACUUAGAGAGUUCCAGGUGACCGCUCCACUGUAUGUUAAACUAUUUUUCAUGAAGUUUGUGCUAGGUUUUGGAAGAGAAAAAUUCACCUGACUACCCCUUACAUUGUAGUCAUGCAUUUGAUUCCUUCUGGAAAAUUGUGAU